AUGAUAAUUUCGUCACUUUUCCAGACGACAAUGAUAAUUUGGUCACUUUUCCCAGACGACAAUAAAACAUCCUCUAUUCCAAAAGUACAAACAAUUUUAGAUUAUGCAUUUAAAGAAUGUUCAAAUCUUGAUAAUGUUUUAUUUCCUUCAUCAGUGUCAUCAAUCAAUCAUUAUUGUUUUGCUUCAUGCUCAAAUUUACAUACAAUUGUUUUUGUGAAUUCAAGCUCAGCGAUUAAUUUCGGUUCGAAAUGCUUUUCAAAUUGUCCUGCUUUAGAUUCAAUUACUUUUGGAAGUGUUAUAUUUAGUUCCACAAGAUUUGAAGAAUGUACAGCCCUCAAUACAAUUAAUUUAAGUUUGUUCUCGAGUAUUGAUUAUUUGCGUAAUAUCUUAAAGUCUAUUACAAUUAACUACAUUAAUUAUGAUGACUUUAAUGUUAAUUCCGACUUUUCAUUCUUUUCGAAUUAUACUGUUCUUGAAAAUUUUACGAGUUAUGGGCCAGUAAUAUUAUCAAGCAAGUUUCCUUAUUUUAAAAAUUGCCCAGCCAUUGAAAGAUUUGAAGUGUUUGAAACUUUGUCAAUAUAUCAUUGGCCCAGAGACAUACUCCGUUUGGAUUUUUUUGAAAUAACUUACCUCAAAAACACAAAGAUAAUUAAAAUGGAUAGAUUAAAUAUUUCGGGGUUAUAUGCUUUCGGUUCAAUUGAUUUAAGUUCUGCAGAGUUAAUUUACAUAAACAAGAACCAAGGGGAUAGAAUGCCAAUAUUUAUAUCAAAUCAUUUGGUUGAGCUGUCAUUACCUUUUAUAUUAAUAGAUUUACUAAGAAAAAAUACUGAUUUAUCAAAUCUUACAAAAGUUCAAAUUUUUGAAGGCGGAGCUGAAAUCACUGAACACUUUUUUUCAAAUUGCAUUAAUUUAAAGGAGUUUUCUGUGAUUUCAACUUCAUCCUUUCAUAUAGUUUAUGUUAAUGAAGAAUGCUUUCAAAAUUGCAAAUCAAUUGCUACGUUUAAUUGCUCUUUUGUAGUUAAAUCUUCUGCAGUUUUCAAAAAUUGCUAUUCCCUUCAGAAAAUUACGAUUCAUAACUUUUAUGAUGACAGAAUACGUGAAAAUAUGUUUUAUAACUGUGCUUCUCUUCAAAAUUUAAUCAUUAUUUCUUCAGAUAAGCAUUUAGUAGUCCAAAGUUAUGCAUUUUAUAACUGUCGUUCUCUCACAAAUAUAUCUACUUUAAAAAGCGUUGAUCGUAGUGCAUUUUAUGGAUGUGAAUCCCUUGAAUAUAUUAAUUUAGAGGGAUAUAUUCCAUAUUAUGCAUUUUAUAAUUGUACAUCUCUUAGAUAUAUUAAUUUCACUGGAAAUGUCGAGGAUUAUGGUUUAUUUGGAUGCUCAUCACUGAAAAACAUUUCAGCAACAUAUGGUGUCAGUAAUUACGCACUUGCAGGAUGCACCAAUUUAGAAUGUGCAUAUUUUGAUGAGUAUAUUGGUGAAUGUGCAUUCAAAGAUUGCAUAAAUCUUCGAUCAAUUAACUACACUAAAUUGACUCAAAUCGGAAAUAACGCGUUUUUUAAUUGUUUAUAUCUUUCCAUUGAUUUUAACACUCUGAAGGAAUGCACUAUUAGAUCAAAUUCCUUUAAUGGCUUAAGCAAUUCAACAUUUGACAAUUAUAUUCCGAAAACUUCUCAUUUUGAAUUUCUACAAGCUCCAACAAAUAUUACAAUAAUUAUAAGUUCAGAGGUAACUACGAUAAAUGAAAACAUGUUUUCAGGAUUGAGUUCGAUCGUUGAAGUUAAUAUUCCUAAUAGUGUCUCAACAAUAGGACAAGGUGUAUUUUCAAAUUGCAUAAAUCUUCGAAAGGCAACAUUAUCCAGUUUGAUUUCUUCUAUUCCAGAUGACUUAUUCUCUGGAUGUGUUAAUUUGGAAGUAGUCAUUGUAAACACUAUUUCUACAAUUGGAAAUUAUGCAUUUUCCGAUUGUUAUAAUUUGCAAAAAAUAGAAUUUUCAAAUAAUCCAGAUCCAACUAAAUAUUUGCUGCCAAUUAAUUUAAUCAGCAUAGGUCAUCAUGCGUUUGAAUAUUGUUAUUCAAUUGAGAAACUUUUCUUAGGGAAUUUGCUGCAAACAAUAGGAAAUAGUUCAUUUAUAAACUGUCAAAUUACAAAAGUAGAAUUUGGAAACGCAUUGACAUCAAUCGGAAGCUAUGCAUUUUAUAACUGCACUCUAAUUGAUAAUUUGAUUUUCUUUGAUAAUUUGGAAACUAUCGGCAAUUAUUCUUUCUACAAUUGUUGCUCAGUUGAAAAAAUCGUUUUUGGAAAGAACUUAAUAUCAAUCGGAGAUUAUGCAUUCUUUAAUUCUCCGUUAAUAGAAUCUAUUGAAAUUCCUUCAAAUGUCGAAAAGAUUGGACAAUCUGCAUUUUGUGUGUGCAAAAGCUUGAAAUCUUUUAUAUGCAAUACAAGUAAAAUUCAAAUUAUUGAAACAAAUCUAUUGGCAUUUUGUAUUUCUUUAGAACUUAUAGCAAUGCCAAAUACUGUUACUGAGAUUCAAGAUGGUUCAUUCUUAAAUUGUAAAAAUUUAUCUUCAGUUACUAUCCCUCAGUUGACUGAGUCUAUUGGAAAGCAAGCAUUUCAUUCAUGUUCAAAUAUAUCUGAUAUUUUCUUAGGCGAUAAUUUGAAACACAUUGGAGAUGAAGCAUUUUAUAGAUGUAAUAAACUUAAGGAUGUUAAAUUCCCAACUAACUUAAUUGAUAUAGUUAAAAAUGCAUUCUUCAGUUGCUACGAAUUUAAAGAAGUAAAAUUUCCAAAUAAUAUGUAUUCAAUAGGAGAAGGCGUAUUGAGGUCGUGCUUUAAUAUUAUAUCUGUUACAAUUUCAAGGAAUUGUAAGGUUGGAGUUAAUGCAUUCGAAGGUUGUCGCAAUCUUGUUUUGGUUCAUUUAGGAGGAAACUCUAUGUUUUCUCAAAAUAGUUUUGAUAGUUCUGCAAAUCACUCUAUUUCAAUCAUUUAUUCAGGCAAUCAAGACACAUUUGAUAAUCAUCAUCUUUUGGAAAUCCAGAGAAUCCAAAAAGAUAUCAAAGUAACUUGUGAAUAUAGUCUGGAAAAGUAUUGUGAAAUUGUUGUCAUAAAGCCAAUAGCAUGUUCUGAUAAAGACUGUAGAGAAAUUGAAAAAAUGAGUUGUGCAAAAUUUCCUAAACAAAUCCUUGCAGCAUCCGCCCAUAUUAUAUUUAGUAAAAAAUAA